AUGUCUUUUCAGGCCCUUCCUCCAGAGAUCAUUUCCUUUGUUGUUCGCUUCCUUGCUGACUUCCAUCCUCUCAGUGUCUUUCGCCUGCUCCGAGUCGACAAGCGAUGCUUCGCAUUAGCUCUGCCAGUAGCAAAGUCACUUGUCUUCCAUACAGCCCGCUUGCAAUUAUUUGACCGUGAACGCGUUGAUGAUCGGGUGGCGACGGUCUGCGCCAAGUUGCAAAAGGCUGAUGCCUUUCCUUAUGUUAGGCGGCUGAUCAUCGAGGGCUUUUUCAUGACCAAUUGCCCUCCAUGUGAGUAUCAUGACUUGUGUUUUCCACCCCGAGUCACGCGUUUCUCACGCCUGAGUUGCGAUCCGCGAGAUUCGUAUGAGUUUGAAGAGGAGCUCGACGGCACGGGAGAGCUCGACGCCACGGAGGAUGCAUAUGUCCGCGACACUGGCAUUGACGAUGAAUGUUGGGAAAGUGUCGCGGAGUUGAUUAAGAGACUCCCUGCCCUUGACAACCUUCACCAUUUGCACUACGAACAGUUCCCCCCUUGCCUCCUUCAGGCAUUGCAUCAACACCGACCCAAAUGUAGACUGCAUUUGCAUUCAUUCGUGCUGCAGAGUAUAUGGGAGCCUACAGUUGAGGAACAUGAAUAUUGUCUCGUCACCUCGCCGUCUUUGCAUAGUAUCACUCCCUACUACGACACAUCGACACCAGAAGGUAUCUGGCAGAAACAAAGCUUCGUGCGAAUCCUAGGCCUCGCCCCCAACUUGAAAGCGAUAUAUCCAAGGGCAAAAGAUGGUCCCUACAUUGCGUCAGGAGCCGGAAUGGCCAAAUUGACACGAAACCCAGGCGACAAUCAUCCAGCCGCAAUAGAAUGUCUUCGAGUCAAACAAACCUACUACCCCAUGGUUGCCGCUGCACUGGAGCAAUGGGCUCCGUACAUUGAUUUCUCCACCGUGCAGAUUCUUGACCUGGGAUCAUUCAUGCACAUAGCAGCUCUCUCAGCCUGGGCAGACCAUCUUCAUUUCCCGGCCCUUCGAACGCUGCGCUUGUUCCUUGGUACUACAGAGGGCGGAGCUGAACAAGCACCCGUAUUUUACUCGCAAGCAGCAAGAUUUCUUCAGAGUCUGCCCUCGCUAUCAGAGAUACACCUGAUUGCAUGGCAUUCACAGCUGUCGAUAGGGACGUUGGUGAAACACCACGGACCACGUUUGCGCAAGCUUUCUGUGACUGGUCUGCCUUGGCAAUGCUUCACCGAGCACGAUAUCCUCCAGCUCGGCAGAUAUUGUCCUCUACUGCAGAAGAUGAGCAUCCCUAUCCGUCGUACCCAGGGAGACGCUCGGGAAGUAGCUCUCUAUAAGGCCUUGGGCACAAUCAGAAACUUGAAGUUCCUCGACCUGGCAUUGGACGUAUCUGAUCCGACCUUGUACCGGCGCGCUCCCAUCGAUCCGGUCUGGGACGAUUUUGACAACCAAUACACCGAAGAUGAUCUCGGAGGCAUCAACCAGGGCCGCGACAGACAAAUCCGGAAAUUGCUGGUCAAUGCUCUCAUUGACGAACCUCUUGCGUCCUCGAUCUUCGAGGUCAUUUCGGCCGCAAAGUCCCACGACGCACCACUCCUUGAACGGCUGACCUUGUCAAUAAAAGAGCAGGCUAUCGCGUACCAUCUUCCUCAAUCUGAGUUCUCCUACCUUGUGAGGUUUUUCGCUUCGCAGUGGACCAUCGAGCGCGAUAUCCGCUACGAGCACCGGGACAGAUUCGAAGCGCGGAUUUCUCAGAAUUCCAACUUUCAGUUUUCUCACAACGAUGAUGUGUUCCCAUGGGUUGCAAAGGUGUUUUUGCAAAUUUGGCCUAUCACACAAGAUGGAAACAGCUCUAACAUUAGGUAUUGGGACGUUUGGAAAAGUUUUCCUCUGGCUAUAGAUGAGACGCAAUGA